GGCGCAUCCCUGCCAGUCGAUCAUUCCUCGUCGCGAAACCUGAUCGUUUCGCAGUGCGUCGAUAGGUAUCAGUCGAUUGCAACGAAGAAAAGAAAGAAGGGAAAAGCAAGCUAUCAGAGAUGAGGAAUGCUGUGCUACUGUGCUACGCGUGCUCGCUGCUGAUCGGCGCCCAGGCAAUCGGAAGAUACAGGGGCUUGGAGUUUUUGGAGCCCUGCUCGAAGAGCGACCCAAGACUGGAAAGUUGCCUCGCCAGAACGGCCAAUACCCUCGUCGAGCAUUUUCGUCAAGGUCUACCGCAACUGGGUUAUCCAGAAGUGGAGCCAAUUAUCUUGGACGAGUUGCAUAUCGCGCUUGGAGGCGGUCCGAAUGGCUAUAGGGCGCAAUUCAAGAAUAUCACCGCAAGAGGGGUCUCCUCCCUGCGAAUAACUGGUCUCAGAACAAGAAUAACAGACGAUGAGGUGCAAUUGCAGCUGGCCUUUAGCAUUCCCAGAAUUAGAGCCGCCGCGAAAUACCGGUCCAGUGGAACCUUGAUCUUGGUGCAAGCUAGCGGCGCCGGAGAUUAUUGGGGCGAAUACGAGGGUGUCAGGGCUAAGGUCUUCAUCAGAGCAAAACCAUUUUUAUAUGAGGAUCGUCGUUAUCUCAGAUUGCAGCAACUAAAAAUAGACUUUAGCGUACAAAAUAUCAGGAUGGGAGUCGAAAACGUGCGUGAUACCAACAGCAUACUGUUGGCGGCACUCAAUCUUUUCAUCAAUACUAAUAGCCAAGAAUUGUUGAAAGAAAUGAAACCCGAUCUGAGGAGGAAGCUGCUGCAAGUGAUGACGAGUUUCGUGGAGAAACUUUUUGCUCAAGUGCCAUAUGACGCUUGGAUUACGGAUUAAAUAAUAGACUGAUAAUUACCAAGAGCAGAGCCCAAUAUCGUUAGUACGUUACAGGUGCAUUUUUGAACUGCGAGGUUUAACGCUUAAGAGAAAAAGAAUCUUUUAUUUCACGCAAGUCACCUUCGAGACAAAUAAAGGUUCCUAACACAGAACUAGAAAAUUACAAAUGACAAAAACAUUGAUUAUUUAUAAUCGAUGUUUUCAAAAAAAAGUUUAUCAAGACAAGUUCACACGUAAAAUACAGGGUAUUUUGUAUAAAAAUUGUUCAAAUUCGAGCGAAUUGAAUAUUCUUCAGAAACACUAAAUUUCAUUAUUUUCUUAAAAACGCUAUUCAAAGCAUAAUUGUAAAGAUAUUCAUGGGAAACGUUAAAAAUCUUUGGACAUUAAGAUUGAAAAUCAACAACAAAUAUAUUGUAGUUGCAUACACGUACGUAUAUAUGUUAAGGGACAUCAACCAUGAAUAAUUUAUAAAGCGAACUAUUCUUGCUUUUACUGUUCAAGAUAGUCCAUUAUUUCUUUCAACUUCACUUUAUUAAUCACAUUUAAGAAUCUAAAUUGAUGAUUAAUCAUUCGAUGUAUUUGACACAAUUUAUUAUAAUCUGAAUAUUUUCUUAUUUAGUGUUAUACAUACGAGUUUAUUAAGAAUUAGAUGAUAGAUGACGUGCUAAAAAGAUAUAUUUAUAUAGUUAUAACAUAUUAAGUUUUGUACAUAAUUAUAUGUACAUAUAUAUGGAUAUAAUUAAUAUUCAUUCUGUUUUUUAGUACACUUAAAAUAAGAACGUUAGUAUACUUAUCAAAAUAAUUAACUGUGUUCAGUCAGUUGUUUUCUUUGUUCGCGAUUUUUGUUUUAAAAUAAAUUAUAGCGCCUAAUUUUGUUAAGUUAGACUUUUCGCACAAAAAGGUCUUAUGCUGAUGUUAUUAUACGUCUGUGUUACGUUACCAAAUUUUAUUUUUGUAACGUUACAGAUAGAUUCUAAUUACUAGAAACAAAUUCAAUGCACACAUGUAUUAUGCGUUCGCAUAAUAUAAGUUUACAGAAUUUACGACAUUUUUUUCUUUAUGGCAAAUUCAUUAGAAAUGAAUUCACCAUAAGUCGUGCUAAUGAUAAAUAUUGAAUAAAUAAAAACACAAUAUGCGAUAAA